AGAAGUGUACGCGUGAUGAACAUGAAGAUGGUGCAUGAUCAUGAAAUGAACAAGAAAAUACAAUUACGCUUGCGGUGAAUGAAUAAAUGUGCACUUUGAAUGAGUGCUGCUUAAAAGUAAACGGAAAGCAUCUCAAAGACGACUUCUGCGUUUGAAAGGGUCUGAUGCAACUGCACUGUCUUUCACAAACACAUAAAGAUGCUAAGCAUAAGCGGUGGGGAGGAGCUUACAGCGGAGGAGCUUGAGCUGCUCACGGCCUUUAAAACUUCCCUCGCCGUAGGAGGUGGAAGUACUUCCGAAUCGGAUAUCUCCAAGGAAGAUGGUGAUGUCGAUCCGGGUACAACUAGCAGUAAAGAUGAGAGAGUAAAAGCAGAAGCAGAGGGCCAAAGUGAAGACGAUCGACAAGACUCCAGUACCGCUACGGCUUCGAAGUCUGACUUCAUCUUCGACGAAGAAAGUGGGACAUUUCCGAUGCCUACAGAUCAAAUGCUCAUUCGCUUCCUCCAGGCACGAAAUUUCGAUCAUGAGAAAACCGAGCUCAUGUUGCGUAAGUCUCUAAGUUAAGGACUUGGACCACGCGAGCUCGAGGGAUAUUUCCGUUUUAUGUAAAGCUAUCUUAAUCGGCAGUCUUGUUUAGAGCAUUAGUUCUGAUCCGCUGUUUUUGAACGCGGACUCUGUACGGCUUGAGAAACUGGCUCACUUUGUGAAUCCUUCAAGUGUAUGCCUGAUCUGUUUCAUUUGAAACAUGUAAAACGUAUGAAAGUGCGCGCGUGUUGUUCUUGUUCAGUCAUGUGAUUGAUCUCAGUGGUUCACCUACUUCUUGCCCUUGUUCUUCUGUUGUCCUGAUCUUGAUCAGGAUCGCCCUGCUGAUUUUCAUGCUCUUCAUUAUUUUCAUCACCAUGAGACUCCUAGAAUUGGAACGGCGUAAGAAUGAGGAAAUUAAUGACCUUCAUACUCGUGAAAUUUAGGACAUCAAGAAUUUCGGGGAUCUUCUGACCUUAUCAAGUUCGACUUUCUUGCUGGACGAUGGUCGUCAUGGUUUGCUUCUGCCCUUGGAUGAAGAAAAACGAUAGUAAAAAAUACGAACGACCAGCAGGCGCUGGCGUUGCACAGCGAGGAUUUAGUAACGCCCCGAAUGAAAGCAAGUAGCCUCUUCCUCUUCUAACUGAAAUGGCGGAGCAAACUUGGCGAGAUCAAUCAUGAAAACACGGAUUUCUCACCAUCGUUCAGGACGCAAUCUUGGACCUGUUUGGGAACGAGCACUAAUGGCGAGCCGGUACUGUUACAAAAAAGAUGCUACUGCUGAUGCUCAGUCAGUGCUACAACAGUGACAUAUCUAUCGUGGUUAAUGGAGAGAAGACCGGGCCCCCUCCUAGAGAUGUCUAAGACGCUCACGAAAAUCGUCGCAAUCAGUAAAACUGCAGCUCUUCGAGUUCUCUAAUUCCUCUAAUUAGGAACUACGAAUUCUUUUUCUUAUCUACUUAUCAAUCCCGCCUAUAAUGGCUGUUGAAGCACUCAUCAUGGUGACUUGUUGUUUCAUGAUUUUUCUGUUCCAUAUUUUUGAUCAGAUCCUGUUUGUACGUGCUGGACGGUGGAAUCCGCAGGAUUAUUCGGUUCAGCAAUACGAGCGCUAUCUCGAAUACUACAUCACUGCCGUGGGCCGGAUGGCAGACGUGGCUGCUAGCAAGACCCAUCCCUUCUGCCGAGGGUUUCUGAUUUACGAAGUCACUCUUGUUAUAUUUUCACGUCAGUGGCUGCAAGAACGACAGAAUCAGAACUGGUCUUUGUGAAUUCCGUCAAUGGUCAUCCACUAAGCACAGCUAAGUAAAAACAUUUUCAUGACAUUGCCUUCUACAAUACCUCUUUUUAAUUGUAGCAAUGAUUUUCAUCCGGCUAUCCUCUUUAACGGAAACUGUUCGACCUGCGCGACUGGGCAGUGUGGCAUGCGAAGUACUUCAAGCAUAUAGGCGCCCUUGUGCACGUGACGCAAGACCAUCACCCACAACGACUCGGCAAAGCAUAUUUGAUAAACGCUCCGAAACUCUUCGGCGUGGCCUGGAAAGUCAUCUCGCCGUGGCUGAACGAGCGGACAAGAGCUAAAGUUACGUUCUUAAACGACUUUUCGCUAGCUGGCGGCGGAAGUGACUGGAGUCUAGAAGCGCUAGAGCGGGCACUCGCGCAAGAGCAAACUGGAGGAGCAAGUAGUGCCUCCGCUGCUACAAAUGCAAAGAGUAUCAUUACUGGAGGUAGUCCAGCUAGAAUAUCAGAAGACAAAAAAGAGGAGUCUUUUUCACCUACUUCACGAGUUGUGCUAGAUGAAGGAGAUCAAACUGAAACUAAAAAAGGAGUAGAUGCUAUUGCUACUGAUGCAACUGAAGGCGGAACCACCGCACCUGAUGCCACAGCAGCUGCUGUACCGCCUCUGGAUUCCACUGAAGAAAAUGAAAAUGUUGAAGUCGAACGCAGCGCAACGGCUGAUAGUGCUAUCACGAUUGUUAGUGCUACUUCUGCUGCGAGCCAUGCAAGCUCGACGAAAAAAGGCGCUUUCGGGGGUCUGUUUAGCAAGGUGAAGCGCGGGACGUCCACCGAGGUCGAGGUGGAGAAACAAGAAAAAAAAGCGGCCAAUAUUGCGGGUAUCAUUUCUGAGGUACAAAAAGCCCGAGCUCGGUUACGAAGCGCAGUACAAAAUGCGAGUGUUGCAGAGGAUAAAACGCAAGAUAGUCCUGGAAAACUUCUACAAGACGGUUCUGAAGUACACGGGAUGCCAUGCAAGAACGUCGCUCAAGCUCGUGCUGUCCGCGGAGCGUGGAAGGAGGUACCUAUUUAGUAGAUUCUCAUUUUUCUUAUCUCUUCAGCAGCUCAACCUCAAGGAAGUAAGUGCACUCACAACGUUUCUGUACAUUUGAUCUUGCAAGUUCUUAUACUUAUUUGUCUGCUACUGGAGCUCGUCCGCAUAGAUAAAGAACCGUCGAGGACAAAUGUGUGAUUAUAGACAUCAUCAUUUCACCAAACACAAAGACAUCAAACAAUUCCACUUGUUGUUCAACAUUGAAUGAUUAUCUUCUAGCUGGCGAAGUCGCUGAGUCCUGAGGCAGAACUUCUUCUUGAUGUGCCGUUUCCAUUGCUACCUCCGAGUUUCGGCGGACCAUGUAAAAGUGUCCCAAUCCCCAAUAUUACUGUUAAGGUCAGCUUCUAUCCAUCUUUCUCAGCAUCUCGAUACCCUUUGCCUUGUAUUUCAUGGGAAAUGGGUCGAGAUGAUGGGGCCGAGAUGAAUAAAAGCCGACGCUAACACUGGAGAGCCUGAUGUCGCAGAUGCGGCCGAUCUGUCCCAAGACUCGCUCUAG